AUGGCAUCCAUUCUAUCUGCACAUGAAAUUGGGGAAGGACUUCCCAUUCUGAUCAUUCAUGGAUGGGAAAUGACUGGAAAAGUCGAGGAACUAGACUUCGAGCCCAUCUUCAACAAAAUACCUGGCCUUCGCCGGAUUUACGUCGACCUUCCAGGAAUGGGCACAACACCUGCGAAUAACAUCAACAAUCUGGACGAUAUCUACCACCACCUGGUGCAAUUCAUCGACUCUCGACUUGCGGGGUCAAGGUUCCUCCUUAUCGGCUCAUCAUGCGGUGCCUACCUUGCACGAGCGAUAUCUCAAAAAUAUGCCAACCAAAUAGAUGGUCUACUGCUACGAGUACCGCUCAUCGAGCCAAAGAACAGCAUGCGUGACCUCGACCCUUUCAACCCAUUGGUUACAAACGAGCAACUCAUGUCAAACCUGUCAACCGAGGACAAGACACUUCUUGGAAACAUCCUCGUCCAAGCACCCGCUUACGUUGAAGCCUUAAAGGCAAAAUACGAUGCGGUUCUUCGACCAGCAAUGGAAAACGCAGAUAAUCAAAUGUUGGAUCCGAUUCGAGCGGAUCCAGAUCGAUAUCGGUUAUCGGAUGAAUUGAUCGAUGGCAGUGCCAAGUUCUUUGCCCCCGCACUCAUUGUGUGUGGUCGGCAAGAUGAGGUCGUAGGCUAUCGAGAUAGUCUUCGCUUGUUGGAGCUGUAUCCUCGAUCUACCUAUGCUGUUCUAGAUCGUGGUGUGCAUGGGCUUCCUGUCGAUGAGACUGGUCUUUUUGAAGCUCUUGUUCGUGAUUGGGUUACUCGGGUGCAUGAAUGGCGUGGUUGCACGGACAGAUAA